AUGGACGAACUCCAAAACCUUGUCUCAGUGGAGCAAAAGUAUAAUGAAGAGAUCAAUAGCAUGCUAGAAUUUAUUAGAACCAAAGAAAUUCAUUUAGAAAAACUUGAUGACAUUAUCAAUUGCUUAGAAAAUGAUAAAAACGUUGCGCACUCUGCCGGAAAAUUUCAGGUAAAAAUCACAUAGGAUGCAGCUAUGCUAGCUAAUACAAUUGGGAAAUAUGAAAAUGAAGAAGCAAGCAUAGAGGAAGAAAUUAGAAAUAUGAAUGAUGAUUUAUUUAAGAAAGAGUUGCUUCUUUUUGAGGUAAAAUCUAGGCAGAUUCAAACUAUCUUUAAGGAAUUAGAAGUUAAUCCUUUAAAGACAAUUCAGAGCGCUUAA